AUGGAUGGACCGGGUCGUCUUGUGAUAGAUCGGGUACAACAGUACAAAAAGGACCGUGAGGGGGAUCGACGCAGCGUAGCAUACAAGUGGGCUACAGCUGGGUGCUCUGGGCCACCCGCCGGCCUUACUACCGAACCAGGGGUCUUGCCAAGGUGGGGUAGAUACUCCAACACACUUGGUGGUGAGCAGGGUUGCCAGAACAAAGAACCAAACAAAGCCAAGACGAGCGGCAAUGUGUUGAAGAACUACUAUGAAGCCAUGUGGACUGACAAAAAACAACACCCACCCACCCCAAAGCUGAAGGGGUCGAGCCACACCGCCAACGUUAUUUGGCAACCAACCCACGUACAGUACGCGAGCCAGGGUGAAAUCCGCUCUACACGCUAG